AUGUUCGACACUUUCCUCAGGAGUAUCAGCCUGUUGUUUUCCGCGGGUGGUUGCGAGGAACCGAUCGAAGAGAAAUAUGCGCCAGUCGUCGAAGAGCUAAGGAUGUGGGUUGGUGCGGAUAAGAGGCGGCGAAAAGACUUCGAGGCAGCGAUCCACACAGCGCGGGCACAUGACACGCUGGAAGUGCGUGCCAUACACUCGUUGGAGGAUUAUUACAACUUCCUCAACGAGCAACUGUUCUGGGUCCCAAGCGAAGCUUUUCGACCUAAAGACCUGCUCUUCCGACUGCGAGCAACCUGGUUCGUGCUGGAUCAGCCUUCGAUAAUCGGUGGUCUGACCUGGCUAUCGGCCUGGAUGGUACGAUAUAGCAACGAGAUCGGAAAAUUCAUGGACAUGCCCGAAUCCGCACCCGCACUGCAUACAUUCAGGACGAGCCCAUCAUAUCAUAUUGAGGACUAUAUCGAGCCUCGCUGUGGCUGGCGAACGUUUAACGCGUUCUUCGCUCGCCAUGUCAAGCCUGGUCGGAGGCCUAUUGCCUCCAUCGGAGAUAACUCUGUCGUGACAAGUCCUGCGGAUUUCCAGUUCAGAGAGGCUCACCAUAUCACGCCAGAGUCCACUGUCUUGACGAAGGGGCUGGUGUGGCCGCUUGCGCAGAUGUUUGCAGGUUCGCCAUAUAAGGAUCGCUUCGCGAACGGAGUAUGGCUGCAUGGCUUCUUGAACGUGGACGAUUACCACCGAGUGCAUACACCCCUUGCUGGAAAGGUCCUCGAAGCACGCAUCAUCACUGGGCAGAACUAUAUGCUAGUAGAAGCGGAUUCCGCACGGGGUGGGGACGGGGUCAACGAGCUAUGUAUACCGAAUGAGACCGGAUACCAAUUCUGCCAAUCCAGAGGUCUCGUCAUACUCGACACCGGCGCCGGACUAGUUGCCGUGCUCCCGGUGGGCAUGGCAAUUGUAUCGUCUGUGGUCCUGACGGCGGAGGUUGGAGCGGAGCUGCAUAAAGGGGAGGAACUCGGGUACUUUCAGUUUGGGGGCUCCGAUGUUGUUCUUGUCUUUGAGGAGAGACUCGGGUUUGAGAUACACAUGGAGAGAGGAAGGCAUUAUCGGAUGGGUAGGGAGAUCGGGCGGGUAGAUGUUGACUCGAGUUUUUAUAAACCAGCUUCGAACGCAGGCGAGAAUAAGUAAGAGAUGCAAUUCAACCACGUAUUUAUAACCCACCGCCUAUUGCGAGUAUCCAGUAUCCAGUAUCCGCAUCCUCAAGCCCAAACCGACGUACUAUGGUGCAUAACGUAUCUCCGGCGGAGAUAAGAUGAAC